GUCGAAACUUGGGCAUCUCUCUGUGCACAGCUCAUCGCUCGGAGGAUCGAAUAUAGAAACAAACAACAAUUGUUAAAAGAUAUUUCUCAUAUAUUGUCAAAUUGUUAGUCGCCUAGAAAAUGGUCAACGAGCUCAACAAACCCCAAAAUGGGGACAAUGCCGCCUUGAGUGAGCGCCUGGCAGCCUCCAACCGGCAGCUGCAGGAGAUGCAGGAGGAGCACCGCCAGUUGCUCGAGGAGAUGGAAACGUUGCGUUUGAGAGCCGCGGAGCUUACAAGGUUGAAUGCCCAGCGCCAACAUCUAAGACAGUCAACCGAAGAGGUAGAACUGUCCCAGGAAUCCACGUCAAGCCGCCAGGUGGUAGCUUCAGCGGAGGUUACAAGGCGCCAACAUCUAACACAGUCAACCGAAGAGGUUGAACUGUCCCAAGGAUCCACGUCCAGCCAGGUGGUAGCUUCAACGGAGCCAGAACCACUGCCCUUAGUCUCGUCCCCUCCUGCCGAACCCACCAACCAGGAAGCUACACCAACUGUCCAGGAAGAGGACGAAGAGGACAAUGAAGAGACGGCCAGUUACCUGCAGGCCAAGCUGAACGAGAUCGCUAACCUGAAGGCUCAGUUUAAGCGUGUCCAGAACAUGGUGGACACCACCAAGAUGAUAGAGCAGCACAUGUCCACCAGGCAGGUGGUUCAGACCAGUUCCUCGGUUCAGAGCAGUCGGCAAACCACAUCCUCUGAAGUUCGAGUGGCAAGUCAAGAGGCUGAGGAGACUGUUCAGGAUGAAAAUCCUUCAACGAGUUCUGCUCCCGACAACGCUGAGCUCCUGAAUUCCAUGCUCAACAUGUUCACGGAUUUCACCAGCGACCUGCGCGGUCAGGCGGAGAGCCUCAGGGCGGAAAGGGAUCGCAUCAGGACCCUCAAGGAGGACAUAAUCCAGCGCAAACAGGGAAAAUAAGCCAUAUUAGACUUCAAUCAAGCACUGGUCCUAGUCAUAUAAUGUCAGAAAUCAAAGAAUGAUAUUAUAAAAUUAAAGUAUAUAAUAGCCAA